AUGAUCAAGGGAAGUCCCUUGAAACUCAACAAAUUCCCCAGCCAGCACCAAAACCCAGUGGGAAAGCUUGGCAUGGGGUUUGACAGCGAAAUAAAGGUGCAGGGACCAAAGGCUGUUAAUGAAGAUGGGCUGGUUCCUCAGGAACCCAUCCCUCUCGUUGACCUCAACCUCCCUAUCCCACCAAUUCCUAUUCUCGUUGGUGAUGAUGACAAAGUUGAGCAAGUCCCUGUUCCGGUACUCGCCCAGUUGGCACAGGCAAUAACCAACCUUGCUCACUCCACUGCUCGUCCCACUCCAAUUCCUGCUCCAGUACCCACUCCUGUGCAACCUCCGUCCACCUCCAUUCAAACCAAGGUCUGA